ACAUUUUAGUUAAAAUGUCACCACGUCUCAAAAUAUCGAGUUAUGUUAUCGAGAGGUUGUCUAAAUUAGACACAAAUGAAAGUACAGGAUGUCUGUACGGGGUUAUGUACGACGGAAACCUGCUCGUAGUCGGGCUGAGUCUGGAGUUAUUUGAACGCGAGAACAAUACAUACAAGCAGCUUCUCUUGCACUUGCCCACUGAGAUUGAGUUAUGUGGGGUGAUAAAGUUCGGGGAAACUUUAACGACAGAGACGAGGUUGAAAGAAAUCCUGCAGGAUGUAGACAUAACAGACAACCCACUGGUGAUUAUUAUAAAUCAAAAUAAGGAUAUGAAAGCACACUUCUUAGUCCAUGAUAAGUUUGAGGAAACCAAAUAUGAGGUGAUGGAGGCAGACGAGUUGUGCAAACAGUUCCUCCAUGUCCGCCUUAACACUGUUAUACCGCUGAGUUGUGAAGCUACUAUGAAUGGCGUUAAGAAUAUAAUGCAGAAUAAAAGGAUAAAGAUUGCAUCAGGCCAAGUUUCCUUCCAUAUAAGCGGUACAUCCGUUUAUUUAUUUGGAGUGGCGUCAGAUGUAGGAUUGACUGGGAUAAGCACAGAUGCUACGGUCGGAGAACUCUUUGAUUCGAUGAGCCCAGAACAGCCUAAAAAGAAGAAGCAUAACACAAAUAGUAUAGAAAUUUUACCUGCAAACUUAAUUUUAAAAAGUACUAAGGAUAUAUUGUCGGAUAAACUUGUUAAGACUGCUGUUAAGAUGAUGACUACACAACGAAAACCUUCAUUUUGUAUUAGCAUGCCGCUGAGAAUUGACACUUUAGCAAUAAUCCACCGGAACACAAAGUUGCUGGAGUUGUACACGGUUCUAGUUGAAGCCGUCUGCCGCUCCCUGAAAUUACUAGAAAGUGUCUUACUUGAACAAUUAGGUCAGGAGGGCAUAGGUGAUGGAGCGGGCCUGCGUUUGCCGGAAACCUUCCACUUUAUCCCCGACGAGCUAGGCCACUUCGUCACCAGGAUUGUGCCCAAGGCCAUACCUGAUGAGAGCAUGGAAAAAGAAAGGCGUUUGUUGCACGAGCAACUAGGUCUGCCAUUAGACCGGCCCAUCUUCCGGCGGGGCAACGCGUACGCCGCGCCCACGACGCGGCUGCUGAGCCCGCACGUGCACGCGGCGCACGGGGCGCACGUGCACGCGGCGCUGGUGCGCGGCCGCUACGGCUACUACCACUACAUGCAGGACGGGGUCAACGACGACGGCUGGGGCUGCGCCUAUCGCUCCAUGCAGACGAUAUUCUCCUGGUUCAGGUAUCAAGGAUACACAACAGUAGAAGUUCCCAGCCACAGGGAAAUCCAACAGUGCCUUGUCGAUAUCGGAGAUAAGCCUUCAUCGUUCGUAGGUUCCAAGCAGUGGAUCGGCUCGACAGAAGUCUCGUUCUGUCUUGAGACUCUGCUCGGUGUCCAAUCUAGGAUUAUAUUUGCGAAUACUGGCGCAGAACUCCAGAGCUACACUCCGGAAUUGUUGCACCAUUUCGAUAAACAUGGCAGCCCGAUUAUGAUCGGUGGUGGAGUCCUAGCGCACACAAUCCUGGGUGUGGAGUUCGAUGUCGGGACCAACGAGACCCGCUACCUGAUCCUCGACCCGCACUACACGGGCCCGGACGAGCUGGCCACGGUCCUCGCCAAGGGCUGGUGCGGCUGGAAGAAGGCAGACUUCUGGAACAAGACCGCUCACUACAACCUGUGCCUGCCGCAGACGAGACCCGCUGUCUGAUCCUGUUCAACUAACGAUCUAAGAACUCUUUGACCGUCAAAGACGCGCGCAGAUAUAACCCUAAAUCAAGAUUCGUGCGUUCUGGCUCCUUUACACUAUCGGCGAUGAUAGACGAUGACUGGCGGCAGGCGGAGGCAGGGGUGCGUAUCUCCUCGCUUCGGGCAAACUCGGCUCCGUUCGGCUCAGCAUUGCUCCGAGCAAUUAUUAGGGUUGGCACAGCUUGACGUCCAUUUGCGUGUACGACCACAGAUAAGAUAAUGACUUGAAUUUUGACAAUCCUAAAUAGCCGAGAGGGAUACUGUCAUAUAUUAGAAAGGGAUAGCACGAUUCGACCCUGAACCGCUGUCAAACUUCGGUUUUGUAGUAAGUUUCCUUUCUGUACGGUAGUACUAUUAUUAUUCUGUGACGAUAGUGUAGAGGGCGUACUCGGCAGUCCCCGCCAGUCAUCGUAUCAUCGCCUGCGACCCGUGAGUUGUCGGUUUUUUGGGCACGCAUCAAAGGAAAUCGCCGGGUAAUUGCCAACUACAGGCGAUCUUGGAUGCUUGCACGAUGAUCUUGCCGAUGAUACUAUCAACGAUCAUCGCCGAUAGUGUAGAGCCACGAAAGAGUUAAAAUAAUGUAAUAAAAUAUCGUGAUUCUGUCGUUCAGGCGAUCACGUAAUUCCUUACAAAUUGAAUCGGCCGAAUGACGGCGUCAAGUGUUUCUGUGUGUCAAACUAUAUUUUGUUUGGAUGGACAGAAUUGUUAGCACUUUCGAUUCAAGCAAUAAAAAAGAGUUGUAGUCUCGGUUUUCCGGAUCGGCACGUUCUCAUAUCAACUUUUUUUGUAAAAAAAAACUUGUGUAAUGUAAUUUUCCAUGUAAGUAAUCCUAUUUUUUAAUGCCUAGAUCGAUAGAGCUUAUGAUUCUGAUUAAGAGACACCAAUGAAAAAUAGUUUUGAGACAAAAAGUGCUGUGUAACAAAAACUCCGGUACCGACUAUUCGUUUCAAUAAACACAAAAUAAUUACGACCAAAAUGGUAUUAAUAAGAUAGCAUUUUAAAGAUAUUGAACCUCUUAAGAAUAUAGUUGCAUUUUUAUUAUGGGUCCUCAUUCAUUCACAUAUUAUUUUUAAUUAAUUGUAUGCCAGGUAGCAUUUAUACGUCAUUACGACGUCAGCGACGUAAUUAUAACGUAAUAACGCCGUCAUUAUGACGUCGCUGGCGUCACUUUGCUACCUGGGAUACAAUACAGGUGUUUGUUAAAAGUUUUAGAGUGGAACCGAACAUAUAUUGAUGUUAUUACGUAGCACUGAGCUGUGAUAUUGGCGCGUUUGCCUUACGAUUCCACUUGAUUGCAUUUUAAUAUAUUCUUAUAUUUUACCAUAAGUUCGUAGAAUUAUCAGGCUUGUUUUUAUUCCGGAUCAUAGAAAUGUUAAUAUUUCAUUAUUUGUAAAGAAUUUGGAUUAAUACAUUAACAAAUUCACUGUCAAGUGCCAGACCCGCUAGGCGGGUUCUCUGUUCGUAGGCGCUUUUCGCUACAUACGGGUUUUCACGUGUUACGAGUAUCGGUCACUGACUGUGUUGAUUGAAUGAUCAAUAGAUACCAUAUAUUCAAGAUGCCAUCACCAUCACGUUAGAACUCAAUAGGUACCCCCUAUUACUGCAAUGUUCUGCCACCAGAGUGCAGCACUAGCCCGUUUACUAAACCAUAGAGUAACUUAUACAUACUGUGCCUUUAGAGUUGGACCAAGAUAAGUCUGCAACGAUUUUGAUAGCACACGCAGUGCAAGUGUUAUUUACACGUCAUAAGUUCAUAGAAGUUUGACGUUUAAAAUAACACUUGCACUGCGUGCGCUUGCAGACUUGUCUUGGUCUAACUAGAAUUCAAACCUGCACGGAUCCAUGUUUCGAUUGGAGGGGUUGAGGUAAUGUGUACAUAUUUUUAGCAUUUUGUCCGUUUCAAUUAUUUAAUUUAAUACCUUGACUGUACCGUACCAAAGGUGUGUCACGAUAUUUGGCCGUCACUAUCUUAUGCUGACAGUACAGACGACGUGAAAUAUAUGUUUACAUUAUAGCCUAUGGCCCAGCCAUACAAAUGAUAAUUCCAAAACUUGCCACUGAAAUUUGAACCUAAACUGUAGGAAAUAGAGUUGAUUUUGCAUUGUUUGAAAAUUGAACGAAACAAAGUAAAAGCUACUCUGUUCGAAUUGAAUACGAUUUAAAUUAGAUCACACUGAAGAAGUACUAUAGUUAGAACCUUGGGCCUUAGGAGGAUAGAAAUAAGGAUGUGACCCGAUAUAUUUGGCUACUUUGGCCGUUACUAUCUAUUUGAUGCUUACUGUAGCACUCAGUUAAACAGGUAUAGUUGGUCAAGCAAAUCUUGUUAGUAGAAAAAGGCGGCAAAUUUAAAAAAUAUAGGCGCGAAGGGAUGUGCUAUAGAAAAUUUGAAUUUCGCGUAUUUUUCUUCUGACAAGAUUUGCUUGACCAACUAUAAAUAUUGAUUUUUUGCUAUGGUAAAGUUGCUAUAUUAGGAAUGAAUGAUGUCUCAUCACAGUAGAUCAAUACAGCAGGUGUGUUCUUCAAUAGUUUAUUUUAUUGUCAUGUAUCUUUUAAUUAUAAAAAAAAAGCGCAUACGUUAAAUGGAAUUAUUAUAUUUUUUACUAAAUAAAAUUUAAAUUCGA